AUGGGUACCACCUGUUGUCAUGCUAAUUUCUAGAGUUCCUCAUAUGAAUAAGGAUCGAGUGCACUGAUACUGCAGAAAUAAAGUGUUUCUUAACAAGAGUUGAACCAGAUGGUAGCGCCACUUCCAUUAGGUAAGGAAUCACAGACACCAACAAAACUUGAAGCUAUGAAACAAUAGAUUCACUUUUUAUAAUUGGAGUCUAUCGAAGCUAGAAAUGCUCUAGUAGAGGUGUAGCAAAAUAAAAAAAAAGAGGAAUAAGAUCUAACAAGGAAAGUAUCAAUUGAUAGUGAAUAACAAAAUAUCUAUAUCAAAGAAGUUCGCAGCCCCAAUCAAACGGAAGUGAACCUACUGCAAUUGAGUCCUAUUGAGCUCGACUCUGGCUUUAAUUUACCCUAAUAAUCUCCAUCUCCCUAAAAGAAAAAGUGUAGGAGGAAGGAAUCCUUGAAUGUUGAAUAAUAUAAUAAUACAACCUUUACUUCUCCUAGGAUUUACACAACCAACAGAUAGAUUUAGGAUUCGAGUGCUAGUCCAACCAAAAAGUCCAUUGGCUCAGUCAGUUCUUUAACUAUUAGAAUGGGAGUGGAAUUAUUUGUUAACUUGAAGAAGGGUUCUUUAAAUAAGGUUUACACAAUUGGAUAAGUACUUGGAUAGGGAGCCUUUGGAAAGGUUUGCAAAGUCACUCAUAAAACAACCGGUUUGAUAAGAGCGAUGAAACAAAUAAAAAAAUCUGAAUUAAUAAAAGAGGAUGAAUAAAAGCUAUUUUAAGAGAUGAACAUCUUAAAAAACCUAGAUCAUCCCCACAUUGUCAAACUAUAUGAAUUGUAUCAAGAUCAAACCAAUUAUUACAUGAUAACCGAAUACUUGUCAGGUGGAGAAUUAUUUGAGAGAAUAAAGAAAAUGUAGGUGUUUACAGAAAAAAGAGCAAGUGAAUUGGUACACUAAAUAUUACUUGCUAUCAACUAUUGCCAUGAGUAGAAAAUUGUGCAUAGAGAUUUAAAACCAGAGAAUAUUCUAUUUUCCGGUCCUGAGCCUGAACAAAAUCUUAAAAUCAUUGAUUUCGGAUGCUCUCGCAAGUUUAACACAUCAAAAAUGACUAAAAGAAUGGGCACUCCUUAUUAUAUCGCACCUGAAGUCUUGGGACAAAAUUACACAGAAAAAUGUGAUAUCUGGUCAUGCGGAAUAAUUCUCUAUAUUCUUUUGUGUGGAUAUCCUCCAUUCACUGGAAAAACCGAAUAAGAAAUCUUUGAAAAGGUUAAAUCAGGCAGACUAAGAUUCCCAAAUGAGGAAUGGGAUCUCAUUUCGAAAGAGGCUAAACAAUUAAUUUCGAAGAUGAUCCAAGUGGAUGUGAAUCUCAGAUAUACUGCAUCCUAAGCGUUGAGUGAUCCUUGGUUCUAAAAACAUUCAACAAAUUUACCAAUUAAUAAAAAGGCACUAGAUAAUUUAUCUAAAUUUUAAGCAACCAGCGAAUUUAGAACAGCUAUUGUUUAAUAUAUCAUAUCUUAAAUGACAAAUCAUAGAGAGAUAUAAGAUUUAUAAUAUACAUUCUAAUCUUUAGAUGUAGAUAAAGAUGGAGUUCUAAGUAAGGAAGAACUCAUUCAAGGCUACAAGAAGAUUAUGAAGAAUUAAGAAUAGGCUGAAUAAUAAGCUGAAAGAAUUUUAGAAGAGAUUGACAAAAAUUUAUCUGGAUAAAUUGAUUACAGUGAAUUCAUCAUGGCUUCAAUAAAUCAAUCAAAAGUCCUUUCGUAAAAAAAGAUUGAAUAAGCAUUCCGCAUAUUUGAUUUGGAUGGUGAUGGAUAUAUAACAAAAUAGGAAUUAGAAGAUGUAAUGGGAACAUUAAAUUAAGAUGUUUGGUAAUUGUUUCUAUAGGAAACUGAUCAUAACCAAGAUGGAAAGAUUUCGUAUUAAGAAUUUCAAAAACUAUUCUUUUGA